ACAUACUACACAAGCAAUUUGCAAAACACAUACACAAGCUAGUUAUCUGAUAAUUACAAUAAUGGGUUCCCUCCCUCACGUAGUAGAGGAUUGCAUGGGCUUCCUCCAACUCUAUAGCGACGGUUCCAUUUUCCGUUCCAACGGCAUAGAAUUCAAAGUUUCACCCAUUCAAGACAACUCCAUAACCUAUAAGGAUUAUCUCUUUGACAAAAGAUUCAACCUUUCUCUUCGCUUCUACAAGCCCCAACAACAACACAUAGCACUCAGCAAUAAGAAGGUCCCUAUUGUGAUUUUCCUUCACGGUGGAGGCUUUUGCUUCGGUUCGCGCACCUGGCCCCAUAUUCACAACUGUUGCAUGCGCCUCGCGUCGGGGCUCCAAGCGGCGGUGGUUUCGCCGGACUACCGUCUCGCGCCGGAGCACCGUCUUCCUGCUGCGGUGGACGACGCCGUGGAGGCGGUGAGGUGGCUCCAGAGGCAGGGCCUGAGCUUGAGGGAGGACGCGUGGUUGAGUGGGGGCGUUGACUUUGACCGCGUCUUCGUCGUGGGUGACUCGUCUGGCGGGAACAUUGCGCACCACCUGGCAGUUCGGUUGGGGUCCGGUUCGAGAGAGAUGGACCCGGUUCGGGUACGAGGUUACGUCUUGUUUGCGCCGUUUUUUGGCGGGGAGGUUCGGACCAAGUCCGAGGAAGGUCCACCAGAGCACAUGUUGAGCCUUGAGUUACUAGACAGAUUUUGGAGGCUUUCGAUGCCUGUUGGAAAGAGCCGAGACCACCCAUUGGCGAAUCCGUUCGGACCUGGAAGCCCAAAUCUUGAACAAGAGAAGCUUGAUCCUAUUUUGGUGAUAGUAGGUGGCAAUGAAUUGCUCAAGGAUAGGGCAAAAAAUUAUGCUACAAGGUUAAAAGAAUUAGACAAGGACAUUAAAUACGUUGAGUUUGAGGGGUGCGAGCAUGGGUUUUUCACGCAUGAUUCAUUCUCAUCAGAAGUUGCAGAAGAGGUCAUCCAAAUCCUUAAACGAUUCAUGCUUGCAAACUUCUAGUUAGAAGGCACGCACGCACCUGAAAAAACAAAUUCAACAGUAGAAAGACACUCAUAGUGAAAUGUAAUUAAGGUUAAUUAAUUAGUCUGUGUAAUUUUAGCCCGGUAUAAGUAGUUCGUGGGAAUUUAUAAGUAUAUAUAAAUGUCAAUUUCAUGGUGUGUACGUGUAGCUUUUCAUUGGAGAUUGUAGUCAAGUAUCUUUCUUAGCUAUUUGUGCUAUAACUUUUGAAUUGUAUCAGUAAUUUCUCAA